AUGGCUGAAAACCAAAUGAUUGAAAUCAAGGAAGCCGAUGUCGUGGCUCUGAUCGCCGCCCUUCAGAGCGCGGUCAGCACUCUCGAAGUCGAUGCCGAAGCGGUGGCUAGACGUCUAGGCAUGAGCCUGUCUAGUAUUCCUCCUAAGUUCACGCGGAUCCGCAGACAGUAUCGCAUCGACAUCAAGGUCGUCAACUCCGGGGCCUUGCAGCGCAAUCGCCAAUCCACUCCUAAGAAGAGGAUUUCUAGAAAUGAACCCAAACGCGCGAGGGCCAGCAAUGCUCCUACCCCCUCGGACAACUUUGAGAAUAAUAUAGACAUGAAAGAAGAGAGUGCAUGA